GCACCAAGAACGAAACUCGAAUCGUCAAGGCCUCGCCCGUCGCGGCGACGCUGUCCACCUGCAAAGUACCAGCUUCAACGCCAUAUAUCUACCCCAAAAAAUUAUCGACUCGACUCCCAAGUGCUCGUAUCGCACAGAGCUAGCCCCCCUCUCUCUCCGCCCAGAUCCGAAAACCGCACUCACCGCAUCGACGCUUCGCGACAGAUCGCGCCGGUAGAUAUGGGCAACUGCUGUGGAAAAUCAGAGUCGGAGGCCUUUCAACAGCCCGGCCGCGUCCUGGGCUCCGCGCCUCCCCCAGCCUCAGGGACAGCACCGGUUCCGACAACAGUGGGAGGUCCGCCACGGACUCUGGGAGGUGCAGCGCCGGCAGAGGCAUCGGGCGACGCCGACGACGCGAGGAGGAGAGCUGCCGAAGCCGCAGAGGCUCGAGCAAAGGCAUUCGCGAAACCAGGCGGGAAACUGCAGACACAGCUAGCGGCGCAGAAGAAGCAGACACGCUCCGACACGCUCAAAGAUGCUAGCCAGGAGCAGCUGCGCGCCCGCGACGCCGACGAAGCAGCCGAAGCCCGCAACUGGGCGUGA